GCUAAGAUUAGAGAGCGCUCUCUCCCUCUCCAGUCUCCAGUCUCCAGUCUCCACCCCUUCUCUCCUGAUCUCACAGGACAAACGCAGCCCUGAAGUAGAGGAAGCGGUGAUAAAGAGCAUUUUAAUGUCUUCCAACCUCCUUUGAACAGUCUCUCUCUCUCUCUUUGUAAUCAGAACCUUGUUGUCUCUCCUCUCCGCUGCUGGGAAACCAUUUGUUUUCGCGUCUAUGUUGGGUAGGAUGAACCCACCAUAAAGGAUAGCAGAGGAGCCCUUUGUGGGUUUCGAGCAGGUCAUCCCCUCUGUUUCAGCUACCUCUGUUACUCAAACCUGACUUUUUCCUCUGUCCUUUCCAAAUUCUCUUCCCAUUAUCGCUUUAUAUCUUGUGUUUCUGUUUGACUGGAAGAGAUGAGUAAAGAAGAGUUUAUGAAGAUCCAGACUUGUGUUCUCAAAGUGAACAUUCACUGUGAAGGAUGUAAGCAGAAGGUGAAGAAACUAUUACAGAAAAUCGAUGGGGUGUAUACCACAACUAUAGAUUCAGAACAGGGGAAGGUGACAGUUUCAGGUAAUGUUGACCCAGCGACACUCAUAAAGAAACUCGGUAAAUCAGGGAAACAUGCAGAGCUAUGGAGUGCUCAAAAGGGCAACAACCAGUUCAAGAACAUGCAAAUUGAGAAUGGCAAAGGUGGCAAAGAUAACAAAUCUCAAAAAGGUGGAAAAGACCAACAGAAGGGUGGUCAGCAGCAACAGCAGCAGCAGCAACAACAACAACAACAGCUGCUUCAACGGCAACUACAGCAGAUGCAACAGAUGAAAGGGUUCGGAGAUCUGAGUAAGCUGCCGCAAUUCAAGGACCCAAAGAUGUCAUUCGGGGGCCAGAAAUCCGUAAAGUUUAACUUGCCCGAGGAGGAUGACUUCAGUGAUGAGGAUGACUUUGAUGACUUCGAUGACGAUGAUUUUGAUGACGAAGACGAAUUUGAUGAUGAUGAUUUUGAUGAACGCUUGAACAAAAUGAAACCCAUGAUGGGUAAUGGUCAAUAUUCCCAACUCCAAGGCGGCAAAGGCGGUGGCGGUGGCGGUGGCGGCGGCGGCGGCGGCGGUAACGGGAAGAAAGGUGGUGGUGGUGGUGGUGGUGGUGAGAUACCUGUGCAAGUAAAGGGCAUGGGUGGGAAUAAUGAUGGAAAGAAUGGAAAUGGAGGAAAGAAGGGUGGCGGUGGAAACAACGGGGGAAAUCAAAAUCAAGGUGGUGCUGCCCCCAAAAAUGGAGGUAAAAACGGUGCUGUUCCGCAAGGUGGUAAAAAUGGCAGCGGUGGUGGAAAUAACCAGAAGGGUGGCAAUAAUGGGAAUGCCGGUGGUGGUGGAGGAAACAAUCCUGGUGGUGGCAAGAAGGGUGGAGGGAAGAAUGAUGGUGGUGGUGGCGGUGGCGGUGGUGGUCAAGCAAUUAACAACAUGCAGCACCACCCAGGGUUCCAUGAUAUCGAUGUCACGCGUGGCUUAGGAGGGAAUGUGGGUCAGAUGGGGAAUAUCCGCAUGGCCAAUAUUCCAGCGGUGCAAGGUCUUCCGGCGGCGGCGAUUAAUGCCGGCGGUGGCGGGUACUUCCAAGGAGCAGGGCCAGAUAUCAUGGCUGGGAACCCAUACCACCAACAACAGCAACAACAACAACAACAGUACAUGGCCAUGAUGAUGAACCAGCAGCGUGCCAACGGGAACGAACGGUUCCAACCCAUGAUGUAUGCCAGGCCAACCCCGGCGGUUACAUACUUGCCUCCACCGCCAACUGCAGCGGUGGACCCCUACACCCAUUUCUUCAGUGACGAAAACGCAAACAGUUGCAAUGUGAUGUGA